AUGACACUCUGCGGUCGCCGUCCAGAAGGCUUCGGCCCAUCAUCCUCACUCUCCCACCCACUCCCAACAUCCUGCUUCACAGACACCAUGAUAAUCCCCCUCCCAACCUACAUCCUCGUCGUCCUCCUCCCUCUCCUCCUCAUCCUCGCCCACCUCUCACCCAUCCGACCCUCAAAUUAUGCGCACGCCAAAACCCCGCGCACAUGCGCCUCCAAAACCGCGCAAAUAAUCUACUACAUCGCUAUCCUCAUCGUCGCCCUAAUGUCCCUCCUCGAAAUCAUCCGGCUGGCUACGAUAUCCUACUCUGUCGCCUUGUUACCGCUGCUCUACCCCGCCAUCAUUCUCGGCGCGUACCUGCAUUGGUCGAAUGGUAUACACGGACGUGUUCGCGGCUGGAGAUGGGUCAAUAGUGUCGUGAUCUGGGGAGGCGGCGCGGUGGUUAAUGUUGUUAAGAUUGCGGGGCUGGCUAAGGAGAAGGGGGUGCAGGGACGGGGAGGAUAUCCGUUGAGUGAUCAGGUUACGGAUGUGGGUGUUGUGGUUGGGGUGUAUGUUUUUUUGGUUGGGAUGGAGGGGUGGUUUGGGUGGGUGGAGAGUAAGAGGGCGCAAGGGGGGAAGGAGAGGGAGAGUUUGGGGAGUUUGGUUGAGGUUGAGGGGGUUGUGGGGAAGUAG